AUGGAUUUACGUUCUUGGGUGUCAGACAACACUUUGAAGUUUCUUGGAAUAUCUGAAAGAACUAUAGUAGAUUACAUUAUUGCGGAAGCUCAAACCGCAAAAAGCAAGGAAUCUUUACGCGAAAAAUUGAGCGAACUUCCACAAACUCCGGAAGCCGAGAAAUUUAUUGAAGACUUAUAUGAUCGUGUUCCUCAUAAGAAUGCACUUAAAUCAAGUGAUUCCACCUUGAAACGGAAAAGGCAAGAACAGGAAAGCAAAAAAUUGAUUGAGAACACAAAGUCUUAUAAACUUGUGGAUAUAGAAGAAAACCGUCCCAAAAAAUCUAAAAGAGAAAAACAUUUACGUAAGAAAGAAUCCAAUAAUGACUGGAGUAGUGAUUCUGAAAGUAAAAAAGACUUCAAAAAUGUUGAAUCGAAAUCUAAUGAUAUUGAGUCGGAAGAUGAAUAUAUGAAAGAAGAAGAAGAAAGAGCGCAAGAUCUUAAAGAAAGAGAUGAAUUCGCAGAUCGCAUGAAGAAAAAAGACAAAGAAAGAACAAAAAAGGUUGUAGAAGAUCGGUCGUCAAAAGCUGGGAGUGAGACUGCUAGACGGCGAAAUCUUGCUGACGACGCCGAUGCACGUAGACACGUUUUACCAGAAAUUCGUGAACGUUCCCGUCAAACCUAUUUGAAAGAUAGGACUGACAAACAACUACAAAUGUUAGAAUUGGGGGUAUUAGAUGAAGAAACAUUUUUCAAAGGCGAAAAAUUAUCGAAAAGAGAGAGGAAGGAUUUGGAAUUAAAAAAGGAAACUCUCAGAUUAACAAAGGAGAGACUUAAUUUAUCUCUAAAGACUGAUGAUUAUUCAAUGCCGGAAGAUUAUAUAACAGAGAAAGGGAAAAUAGAUAGAAAAAGAAAAGAAUCUGUUCUAUAUCAACGGUAUGAAGAAGAUCGUGAUCAAAAUAAAUUUGUCACAGAACAAGAACAAUGGGAGCAAAAUCAGAUAGUAAAGUCUCAACUUAAGGUUGGUGCUCAGGAUAGAGUAAAAGAUGAAGAGGAUUAUAACUAUGUUUUUGAUGAUAAUGCUAUUGAAUUCCUGGAUUGGAAUUGGAAAUCAAAAAGCAAAGACGAUGAAAUAAUAGCUAAAAUUGACGAGGCGGAACGAAAAGCCAAAUCAAUCGAAGAAGUCCGAAAAUCUUUGCCCAUAUAUGCAUUUCAUGAUCAGUUGCUUAGUGCAAUAAACGAAUAUCAAGUUUUGGUGAUUGUUGGUGAAACUGGAUCUGGAAAGACAACCCAACUUCCUCAAUAUUUAUAUGAAGCAGGGUACACCAAAGGAAACAAAAAAAUAGGAUGUACACAGCCAAGGAGAGUUGCUGCUAUGAGUGUAGCCGCACGUGUAGCUGAUGAAAUGGGAGUAAAACUUGGGUAUGAGGUUGGAUAUUCGAUUAGGUUCGAAGAUUGUACGUCAGAUAAAACCAAUCUAAAGUAUAUGACAGAUGGUAUGCUGCUCCGGGAGUUUUUGACUGAACCUUUACUAGAAAGCUAUAGUUGUCUUAUUAUUGAUGAGGCACACGAGAGGACUUUACACACAGAUAUUUUAUUUGGUUUAGUUAAGGAUAUUGCUCGAGUUCGUCCUGAUCUUAAGAUUUUAAUUUCUAGUGCAACACUUGAUGCCAAGAAAUUUUCCGAUUACUUUGAUGAGGCGCCUAUUUUCAAUAUUCCUGGUAAACCAUAUCCAGUUCAAGUUUGCUACACUAAAGCACCCGAAGCAAAUUAUAUCUCUGCAGCAAUUACCACGGUUAUGCAAUUGCAUAUUUCUCAAAAGAGUGGCGAUAUUUUAGUUUUUCUUACAGGUCAAGAUGAAAUUGAAACGGUUCAAGAAAGUUUGCAGCAGACGUGUAGAGUUCUUGGAAGUAAAAUACGUGAAUUGAUAAUAUGUCCCAUUUACGCAAAUCUUCCUCCCGAUAUGCAAUCUAAAAUUUUUGAACCAACACCACCUGGGGCCCGAAAGGUCAUUUUGGCUACUAAUAUUGCCGAAACUUCUAUCACAAUUGAAGGUGUCACGUAUGUAAUUGAUCCCGGCUUUGUAAAACAAAAUAAUUAUAGUCCCAAAACACGAAUGGAAUCCUUAUUAGUAGUCCCGUGUUCAAGAGCAUCUGCAGUUCAAAGAGCCGGAAGAGCCGGACGUGUAGGACCAGGACAUUGUUUCAGAUUAUACACCAAGCAUGCAUAUGCUAAUGAACUGGAAGAAAGCACAGUUCCUGAAAUCCAAAGAACUAAUUUAGGAAAUGUGGUACUGAUGUUAAAGAGUAUAGGGAUUCACGAUGUGAUGAGAUUUGAAUUUCUGGAUCCUCCUCAUGAGCAAUCUCUAAUAUCCGCACUUAAUGAUUUAUACGCACUUGGAGCUUUAAACAAUCACGGCGAAUUAACAAAAUUAGGAAGGCGCAUGGCUGAAUUCCCUAUGGACCCAUUUUUAUCAAAGUCCAUAAUAUGGUCAGAAAAAUAUCAUUGUACAGAAGAG